CACCCGACUCCCUAGAUUACUAUGGGAUCGGUAGGGUCCUGAGCGUCGGAGAAGCAAGAAAGCAUAGCCCACGAAGAAGGGCCUGAACGCAGAAGAAAAUCGAGAUCUGCUGGGGAUUUUUUUUUUGGUCUUGGUUGUGCAAGGGAGGAAGAGAAAGUUGUGAGGCCCUGUCGAAAGUGAGGCAGCGCGAAGGCCCCCUCAGGCGGCGCCGAGGGCAGCCCCGGCAGCCGGGGCCUGGUGCAGCCGCGGCCGCUGUCAGGGAAGCGCAGGCGGCCAAUGGAACCCGGGAGCCGCCGCUGCUGCUGAGGCGGCGGUGUCGGCAGCCCGACCCCGACCGCCCGCACCCCCUCCGCCGGGGUCCCCCGGAGCCCCGAAUCUUUCCCAUGGCCUCCGCCUUUACCCCUUUUCCUAUUUUGUCCCUUUCCUCCGAUGUCUAUAUGCCACCCCAGCACUGGGUUCCCUUUUCCCUGAUCUAAAGAUUGUGGCCCUCUCUUCCUCUGCUGCUUCUGAUUCCGUUACCUCACUGCCACCCAUCCAUCCAGCUCCUGGCUUCCAAGAAUUGUCUAUUCCCUUCUCCUGAACGGAUCUAGGCUCUCAUCAUCAUUCCCAAAGUACUACUUACAUUCUCCUUUGACCUUAAGCCUUACCCUUCUUCUCUGGAGUGCUUUAUGAUUCCUGUAACUUUCUUUAACUUCCCUCUACCCUUCCUCAAUUCCCCCAACCUCUGGAGGUUUGUUCCUGUAGAAGAGAGAUCUGACAGUGCCCCUUCCCAUUCAGGAUUUCCAACUUCGAUACCUCCCUCGAGUUUCAAGGGUUUUGCUGAUCCUUGUGACACUUGGUUCCGUUUUCCCUAUGGUCUUUACCUUUACAUAUCACUUAUUUCUGGAUCAGCUAAACCUUGAGCUAAGAAGAAAAUGUGUUGGGAGGAGGGGGAGCCUCAGCUGUCUCAGGCUUUUCUCUGGACAGAAGGGUGUUUCUGAAGGAUGGAGCAAGUUUAAAAGAAGUUCCUAUCAGAUUACACUUUGUUGGAGGAACGAACAGUCCUGCAUGGAAACUGAAUGAGGUUGUGAGAAAUUUUGUUUUGGAUUAUUUAAUUUUAGGCUUGUCUUAAAGGGAUCACAGAAUAGAGUCUCCUCCCACUCCUAAGAGGAAUCAGUUUACUGUCUGGCUUCACUAGAAUGGUUUUGGUUGAUUCCUUAAGAGUUUAGGCCUGCAGUGGGGUUGGUCAGGGGGUAACUGGGAAAAGGAACAUGAGACAGUGGAAAGAGCUUGUAUAUUCAGAAUCAGGACUCCUGAGUUCAGCAUGUGACUUCCUCACUUGACCUUUAGAGUGACUUUUUUUGGGAAAAUGGUCCACUCUGUAGGCAUCAGUGCAGUAAGAGGCUUAUAGCAGGAUGUGGGUUGGGGGAAAAAAAUUAGACUUAAUUAUUUGUUUACAAAACAUUCUGGGUUCCUCAGACACAAGGUAUUUAUGAGUAGUGAUUUAGUUGUUCUGAGAAUUUUCUUUCAUUCUGGUCUCUCUGUUGGGCCUUUCUAGUCUUACAACCAUGGGAGUAAAUCAGUUUGAAAGACAAGCUCCAGGCCAGCUUCUUUCAUCUGCCUUGCCUUUUUCCCCCACUGCUGUAAGUUUCUGACCACCUUUGCUGUUCCUCUUGUACUUGAGCCAUAACUCCAGAUUCUGUAGAUGGAAAGUAUGUUUGUGGGAAAGUCCUUUGAAGAAACUGGCUGGAAAAGAAAACUUGGAGUGAAUUAGGCCUUAGGAAACUAGUUGCUUCCUUGUAUGCCAUGUCUCUUGGCCUGCGAUAGCGAAGAGAGCAUAUGAAGGUCCAUUCAUCUUCCUACUCCACGCCUGUUUGAAAGUAAUCAUGAUGCCUCAUCCCACUUCUCCCUUUGUCUCCUUCCUCGUUAGCCAGUGUCCAAUCUCAUAAUUCCACUUUUUAGGAGCAGCUUCACUCCUUGGAAGCACCCCCAAAGAGAAGUCAUAUUUCCUCUAGUUUCCCUGCUUCCUUCUCAGAGCUGGGUCCACACUGCACAAGAACAUGUUUGUUGAAUGCCAUCUAAAGCAGCAAAUUGAGAUUCUUUGAUUUGGGGAAGAAGUUUGAGAGGGACCUCUCAGUAACUGGCAUGAGACAAGAGAGGGCCUAGUUCAAGUGCAUUUGGAGCUUGCAGCAGGAGGGAACAAUUCAGAGAGAGCCUGGAAGCUCGAAGUCUGGCUGUGGCCAUGGGAGAUACGGUAGUGGAGCCUGCCCCGCUGAAGCCAACUUCUGAGCCCACUCCUGGCCCAUCAGGGAACAAUGGGGGCUCCUUGCUAAGUGUCAUCACGGAGGGGGUCGGGGAACUAUCACUGAUUGACCCUGAGGUGGCCCAGAAGGCCUGCCAGGAGGUGCUGGAGAAAGUCAAGCUUUUGCAUGGAGGCGUGGCCAUCUCUAGCAGAGGCACCCCACUGGAGUUGGUCAAUGGGGAUGGUGUGGACAGUGAGAUCCGUUGCCUGGACGAUCCACCCUCCCAGAUAAGGGAGGAGGAAGAUGAGAUGGGGGCCACGGUGGCCUCAGGCACAGCCAAGGGAGCAAGAAGGCGGCGGCAGAACAACUCAGCCAAACAGUCUUGGCUGCUGAGGCUGUUUGAGUCGAAACUAUUUGACAUCUCCAUGGCCAUUUCAUACCUGUAUAACUCCAAGGAGCCUGGAGUGCAAGCAUACAUUGGCAACCGGCUCUUCUGCUUUCGUAAUGAAGACGUGGACUUCUAUUUGCCCCAGUUGCUUAACAUGUACAUUCACAUGGAUGAGGACGUGGGUGAUGCCAUCAAGCCCUACAUCGUCCACCGUUGCCGUCAGAGCAUUAACUUUUCUCUCCAGUGUGCCCUGUUGCUGGGGGCCUACUCUUCAGACAUGCACAUUUCCACUCAACGACACUCCCGCGGGACCAAGCUACGGAAGCUGAUCCUCUCAGAUGAGCUGAAGCCAGCUCACCGAAAGAGGGAGCUGCCCUCCUUGAGCCCAGCCCCUGACACAGGGCUGUCUCCCUCUAAAAGGACUCACCAGCGCUCUAAGUCAGAUGCCACCGCCAGCAUAAGUCUCAGCAGCAACCUGAAACGAACAGCCAGCAAUCCUAAAGUGGAGAAUGAGGAUGAGGAGCUCUCCUCCAGCACCGAGAGUAUUGAUAUUUCAUUCAGUUCCCCUGUCAGACUGGCUCCUGAACGAGAAUUCAUCAAGUCCCUGAUGGCGAUUGGCAAGCGGCUGGCCACACUCCCCACCAAGGAACAGAAAACACAGCGGCUGAUCUCAGAGCUCUCCCUGCUCAACCAUAAGCUCCCUGCCCGAGUCUGGCUGCCCACUGCUGGCUUUGACCACCACGUGGUCCGCGUGCCCCACACCCAAGCUGUUGUCCUCAACUCUAAGGACAAGGCUCCCUACCUGAUCUAUGUGGAAGUCCUCGAAUGUGAAAACUUCGAUACCACCAACGUCCCCGCCCGGAUCCCGGAGAACCGAAUUCGUAGCACCCGGUCUGUAGAGAACCUGCCCGAAUGCGGCAUCACCCAUGAGCAGCGGGCAGGCAGCUUCAGCACUGUGCCCAACUAUGACAACGAUGAUGAGGCCUGGUCGGUGGAUGACAUAGGCGAGCUGCAGGUGGAGCUCCCUGAAGUGCACACCAACAGCUGUGACAACAUCUCCCAGUUCUCCGUGGACAGCAUCACCAGCCAGGAGAGCAAGGAGCCUGUGUUCAUUGCAGCAGGCGACAUCCGACGGCGCCUUUCGGAGCAGCUGGCUCACACCCCCACAGCCUUCAAACGAGACCCAGAAGACCCUUCUGCAGUUGCUCUCAAAGAGCCCUGGCAGGAGAAAGUGCGGCGCAUUAGAGAGGGCUCCCCCUAUGGUCAUCUCCCCAAUUGGCGGCUCCUGUCAGUCAUUGUCAAGUGUGGGGAUGACCUUCGGCAGGAGCUGCUGGCCUUCCAGGUGUUGAAGCAACUGCAGUCCAUUUGGGAACAGGAGCGAGUACCCCUGUGGAUCAAGCCAUACAAGAUUCUUGUGAUUUCGGCUGACAGUGGCAUGAUUGAACCAGUGGUCAAUGCUGUGUCUAUCCACCAGGUGAAGAAACAGUCACAGCUCUCCUUGCUCGAUUACUUCCUGCAGGAGCACGGCAGUUACACUACUGAGGCAUUCCUCAGUGCCCAGCGCAAUUUUGUGCAGAGUUGUGCUGGCUACUGCUUGGUCUGCUACCUGCUGCAAGUCAAGGACAGACACAAUGGGAAUAUCCUGUUGGACGCAGAAGGCCACAUCAUCCACAUCGACUUUGGCUUCAUCCUGUCCAGCUCACCCCGAAACCUGGGCUUUGAGACAUCAGCCUUUAAGCUGACCACAGAGUUUGUAGACGUGAUGGGCGGCCUGGAUGGCGACAUGUUCAACUACUACAAGAUGCUGAUGCUGCAGGGGCUGAUUGCUGCUCGGAAACACAUGGAUAAGGUGGUGCAGAUCGUGGAGAUCAUGCAGCAAGGUUCUCAGCUUCCUUGCUUCCAUGGCUCCAGUACCAUCCGCAACCUCAAGGAGAGGUUCCACAUGAGCAUGACUGAGGAGCAGCUCCAGCUGCUGGUGGAGCAGAUGGUGGAUGGCAGCAUGCGGUCCAUCACCACCAAACUCUACGAUGGUUUCCAGUACCUCACCAACGGCAUCAUGUGACAUCCUCCUUCUCAGGCCCUGGAGCCAUAGGGGAUUCAGGGGACCCUCCCUGGGAAGGCCCUUGUCAGAGAAACCCUAAACCAGGAAGCCCCACCCACCCAGCCAUCCACCAAGGGAAAUGGAAGGCAAGAAAUACAGAGGAUCAUGUGGUAACUGUAGAGCUUGCCAGGGGGGUUGGGAGAACCAGCCGUGGGGUCGACUUGCUGGGGCUUUCCUGCCGCCCCCCCGCCCCCGUCAGCUGUGUCAGUAUUACCACCUGACAGACUCCAGGGCUUACUGCCCUCCAGAGAACACAAGUGAUAAAUGUGAGGGACACCGGGGCCUUUCUUCUCCUCACUAGGGUUCAAGAGGUUCUUUCCUCAGGCCAUCCUCUUAAUGUGUCCUGGGUCCCAGGAAGGAGAAAAGAGUAGGUUCUUGGUACUAAGGACUUGAUCCUGUGGUUGGCCUUUGGCCAUGCUGCUGCCCGACUCUGUCACCUCCCAGGGACUGACCCCUAGCCCGAGUUCCCCUUGGUAGGUGGGCUUUGGCAUAGGGUCCUGCACUUGCUGAGGUUCCCCAUCCCAGGAGUGAGGAAGGGAAUGAUCACAGCCCCUUCAGUCUGAGGGUAUUGGCCUAGCCGUGGGGAAUUCCUUGCCCUUAUCCCUUCCCCACACCCAGGGAAAUAGCUCUCAAUUUUUUAUUUUUAAUUUUUGUUUGAAAUAAAGUCCUUAGUUAGCCA